AUGAAGCUCUCGUGGGCCAAUUGUGUGGCAGCAGCCGCUCUUAUGAGCAGCAGUGCCCUUGCAGGUCCCAUUCCAGAUGACAACCAGCAGGAAGAAAAGCGACAAAUUCCGGUUGGCACAUACGACUAUGUCAUUGUCGGCGGUGGCACGGCUGGUCUAACCUUGGCUGCCCGACUGAGCGAGGACCCAAAUAUCCAGGUUGCAGUCCUCGAAGCUGGCACGUAUUACCAGGCUGGAAAUCCUCUAUUGUCUUCGACGCCCUCUGGCGACGUGAUCGGAGUCGGAGCCAGCCCAUUGGACACCAACCUCGUAGACUGGAACUUUGUCACGACGCCGCAGGCUGGUGCCAACAAUCGCAAAAUACACUACGCUCGCGGCAAGUGUCUGGGAGGGAGCUCGGCCAGAAACUUUAUGAUUUAUCAGAGAGGUACCAAGCAAUCAUAUCAAAAGUGGGCAGACGCAGUCGGAGACUCAAGCUACUCUUGGGACAACUGGUUGCCUUACUUCAAGAAGAGCGUCGAGUUCCAUCCUCCCUCUGACUCCCGGGCCGCCAACGCCUCUGCCGAGUACGACGCAAGUGCAUUCAAUGACGGCGCCGGUCCGCUUCAGGUCGGAUACGCCAACUGGGCCCAGCCCUUCUCAAGCUGGAUGGAGCCAUCUCUGAACGAGAUUGGCGUCCCAACCGUUAAGGACUUCAACAGCGGCAGCCUACUCGGCUCACAAUACUGCUCUGACACCCUCAGUACCAACAUGAGCCGCGAAAGCUCCCAGACCUCUUUCCUAGAUGAUGCCUCGGGCCGGUCCAACCUAAAGGUCAUUCAGUUUGCCCUGGCCAAGAAGAUCAUAUUCAACAGUGCAAAGAAGGCUACUGGCGUGACUUACCAAACUGGCCUGCUAUCCUUUACGAUCAAUGCUCGCAAAGAAGUAAUCUUGAGUGCAGGUGCUUUCCAAUCACCGCAGCUCCUCAUGGUCUCUGGUGUGGGCCCGGCAGCAACUCUGAGCAAAUACAGCAUCCCCGUUAUUGCUGACAGGCCAGGCGUAGGUCAGGGUAUGCAGGAUCACGUCUUUUUCGGGCCUACGCAUCGCGUCGAUGUGCAGACGUUGACUCGCCUUGCCAAUGACCUCUUGUACGUGGGCGCCGAAUACGCUGGUAACUACCUGCCCAAACAACAAGGACCUCUGACCAACCCCGUAUGCGAUUACUUGGGCUGGGAAAAGGUGCCAAGAUCACUGCUUCCCUCGUCCGCCGCCUCAACCCUGGAUGCUCAAUUCCCAGCAGACUGGCCCGAGGUCGAGUUUCUCUCUGCACCGGGAUACGUUGGUGACUUUUCGAACCUGUUCACGUCCCAACCCAAGGAUGGUUAUCAAUACGCCACCAUUCUGGGCGGACUCGUCGCACCCCUAAGUCGUGGAUCCGUCACUAUCACCAGCGCCGACACCAAUGUGCCCCCGCAGAUUGAUCCAAACUGGUUGACUGACCCCACGGAUGUCGCUGUCGCCAUAGCUACAUACAAGCGUCUCCGCGCCGCUUUUGCCUCUCAGGCCAUGAAGGGCGUGCUAGCCGAUCCGGAUGGCCAAGAAUAUUUUCCCGGUCCGGCCGUUCAGACUGACGCGCAGAUCCUGCAGACGAUCCGCAGUACCGUCAUGACCAUCUGGCAUGCAAGCUGUACAUGUCGCAUGGGCAAGAAAGAUGACCCGAAUGCUGUGGUAGAUGGCGACGCCAAGGUCAUUGGUGUGACGGGACUUCGUGUUGUCGAUGCCAGUAGUUUUGCCCUGCUUCCACCCGGUCACCCGCAGAGUACCGUAUACGCGCUGGCAGAGAAGAUUGCAGCGCAGAUUAGAGCUGGUAAAUAG